AUGGUUGACGCCAACUACAAAUUUAUUGCUGUAGACAUUGGUUCGUUUGGUAGAGAAGGUGACAGCGAAAUAUUUUUAAAGUCGAACAUGGGUAAAAAAAUAUUGGAUGGGUCAUUUGGUUUUCCAGAAGCAAAAAAAUUACCAGGGUUAUCAACAAUUUUACCUCAUGUUAUUGUGGGGGAUGAAGCCUUUAGGCUUCACACUCAUAUAAUGAAACCAUAUACAAGACAAGCCUCAAAAGAUGAUAAGACAAAGUCUAUAUUUAAUUAUAGAUUAAGUCGUGCCAGACGAGUGACGGAAAAUGCGUUUGGUUUAUUGAGCCAGGUUUUUCGCGUCUUUUAUCAGCCUAUAAACAUUGAACCAUCGACAUGUGAUGACAGUUUUUGA